AUGACAUUCACGCAUUCAGUUUUGAGAUCAUUUCGAAAUAACUUCGGGGCAGUUUCGUUCGUCCAUUGCGUGGUUGAUGGCGCGAUUUUCGCGAUUCGCGCCACACGUUUAAAACAUUCGGCGCGUCUCGCGCGUCUGCUGUCAUUGCGAUCCGUCAACGGCCGGAGGCGGGUCGUGCCGAGGGACGGGCCUCGACCGCGUUCGGCUACCUCCGGCAUCGCAUUGCAUACCCUCUCGCUCGCACCGGAUCUACAGAAUUUACGAGCGUUGCAUAAUGGCGCUCGGUCGCACGGUGCGAGCGAUUUCGGCAAAAACUUUCGCCGCGAACAAAGAUCGCCCUUCGCCCGGCCGAAGACGGCGCGGUGGGGAACGCACGCUACUGCCCUGCGUUGCUUUAAUAAUAGUAACCAACUGACUGAUGCUAGGGCGCGUUGCGAUUUCGAGUCGCUCGUCGUUGCGUCGGCGGCUGACGCGGCGUCGGGCGCUAAUCGAUGCGCGCCACUGCGCUGUCUUGCGACGGCGGCCAUUACGCACCUUUAUGACCGCCGCGCCGCGCCGCCCGCGCGCCCCUCGCGCCCCGCGGCCCCUCAAGGCGCCACG